AUGGCUGAUGAGAGAGAUCUAAUUGAAAUCUUGGAAGAGAAUACUCCUAUUGACAUCAUCAAAUACAUCAACUAUGUUCAUUCACGACAAUGCGGUGCUAUAGCAACUUUUUCCGGCACAACUCGUGACACCUUUGAAGGGAAAACGGUCUUAGAGCUAAGAUAUGAAGCAUACGUUCCAAUGGCAGUACGCUGCAUCAAAUCCAUUUGUUCUUCUGCAAGAGCAUCGUGGAAUCUCAAUUCAAUUGCUGUUGCUCAUCGCGUAGGCCCAGUUCCCGUUGGGGAUAUAAGCGUAUUCAUUGCAGUAUCUUCAGUUCACCGAGCAGAUGGACUGGAUGCUUGUAAAUUUAUUAUAGAUGAGGUGAAGGCUUCAGUUCCAAUAUGGAAGAAGGAAGUCUAUACUAAUGGAGAGGUUUGGAAGGAGAACUCCGAAUUUCUGGAGAGGAGGGAAGAACUUGGGGUUCAGGACCAAACCCGAGGAUGUUGCCGGAGGAAAGUUCAAGUAGAGGAGGAAGCACUGAAUACCAAGAGUUGCUGGGUAAAGGUGAAGGAAAGUGGCGGAGAUUCUUGUAGCGUCAAAAUAUCCAACACGCACCCUGAUGGAGGUCCUUUUUCGUUUUCUUUAGCCUCAAAGAAUUUGAAGCCUCGAAGGGAUUUUAAGGUGUGUUAUGAAUCAGAAAUUAUCAUGAUUGUGAAUGCAUUGAAAGAAGCCACUAAAAUUAAAUCCCUCCUAAGAAACUGUAGCACUGCACUUGGAACUGGAAAGAGACAGCAAAGAACUGAAAAGAAAGAUGACACCAAAAUUCAUGAAGAUUCCACAAUAACCACACUGUAA